GGCACAGAGCCGGCAGCCGUGGGCACCAUGGCGCAGCAAGCCUGCCUCCUCCUCCUCCUCCUCCUGCUCCCCCUUUCUGCAUGGUCAGUCCCAGCCCCGCACGUGCCUGGAAGAGAGGAGCAGAUGGGGACAGCAAAGCCUGGGUAUUGUCACCACAUCUCGGAGGUGGAGAGCCCUCUGGACGAGGACUGCAGCUCGUGCCAUAACAACACCUCCUGCUCCCACUGUGCUGGCGACGCCGACUGUCCUGGUGCCACCAAAUGCUGCCCCGGCAAGUGCGGCCACACGUGCCAGGAGCCGGUGCUCGACUUCUGCUACCUGCCUUCGGUCUGCGGGAACUGCAAGGCGCUCUUCAUCCGCUUCUUCUACAACGCGUCCAGCCAGCGGUGCGAGGAGUUCGUUUACGGCGGCUGCGGUGGGAACAGAAACAACUUUGAGACCGAGCGGGAGUGCUCCCAGGCCUGCUCCCACGUGGGCUCCCAGCCGCGCCGGCGGGGCUCCCCCCGACCCCUGCCCCGUGGGGAGACCCUCCGCGCAGCCCUGCUCCCAACCCCACACCUCUCAGCUCCGGGUGCCCGGUAACACCUCCCCGCUGUGCACAGCGCCAGUCCGGGCAGACAUCCCCGUCCCUGUCCCCAUGGCUAGGUGGUGGUGGUGGUCAUGGUGGCCAUGCUGGGGCCGUGGCUUGCCCGAGGAGCACAGCGCAGGGCUGUGGUGCCCGCAACAGCCCGGCUGCCCCUCUGUGCUAUGCCCUGUCUGGAGGAGCCCAGCCCUGCCCGGGGCUGUGCAGCUGUCAAUACAAGGACGGGUCAUUGA